AACCAAAUAAUAAAAUUAAAAAAAGAAAAAAAGAAAGAAAAAGUAGUAAUUAAUUGUCAUUUAAGAAAAAAGAGACGAUAGUAAUUUAAUCAAAUAUACAAAACAAAAGCUUAUCUAAAAGGGAAUAACAAUAGUAUGAAGCUACAAUCUUUCGUUCCGACUACAAUAUAAGGGCAGCCUAUCAUUUAGUAAUAGGGGUAAAUAAUUGGAUUUAGUUAGAAUCAGCAAGUGUUUUAGAAUGGCGUGAUAGGUCAAAACUAAGGAACAUAGUAGUAGUUUGUGCCUAAAAAAGUUAUUGAGCAUUAUUCAUAUCAGCUGAAUGAUUAAAUAGGUAAGGGUUACUCAUCUAAGGUAUUCAAAGGGAAAGACGAGCGUACUGAUGAGGAAGUUGCAGUAAAAGUCAUAGAUAUGAAAAUGAUGAGCAAUGAAGUCUAACUAUUUCUACUUUAAAAUGAAAUUUCUGUUAUGAAAAAAUUAGCACUGACUGGAAAUAUCAAUAUCUUAAAGCUAAACGAUGUUUUUUAGACUGCAAAUAAUACUUAUAUUAUAACUGAAAUAUGCAAUUAGGGAGAUUUAAGAGAUCUUCUCAAAAAGUAUAACACUUUAGAAGAGUCUUAAGCUGUCAAGAUUCUCAAGCACAUUAUCAAUGGUUAUAGAGAACUUGCCAAGCAUAGAAUUGUUCAUAGAGAUAUCAAACCCGCAAAUAUACUUAUUAAUGAUGGUAUCCCAAAAUUAGCAGACUUUGGCUUUGCUAAAGACAUAGAUGCUCCUCCUUACAAGUACUAUUACAAUGUAGGAACACCAAUGUACAUGUGUCCUUAAAGCUUGUAAAAAAAUGAGUAUUCGAUAAAGAGUGAUAUUUGGUCUAUUGGUGUGCUAUACUUUGAACUUUUAUAUGGAGUUACUCCUUGGACUGCUGAGACUGAAAAAGAGUUACAUCACAAAGUUUGCAAUGUGCCUGUUUAAUUCCCAAAACACAUAAAAAUUUCAAAUGAAUCAAUAGAAUUUAUCAGAGGAUGUCUUCAAGUUGAUGAAAGAAGAAGAUUCUCUUUAGAAUAAAUAGAAAAUCAUCCUUUAAUGAAGCUAAAUUUCAAGAAGGAUAUCAAAGUUAAAAAUGAGGGUUCUUUAAAGAACAUACCUGCAUAACAAUAGUAACAAGUAUAACAAUAGUAAUAAGCAUCUCAUAACAUGAAAAGACCAUCUUCUUAAUAGUAGUUGCCAUCUUCGACUAAUAUUCCUAACUUACCUUCAGGUAUUCAUCAAUAAGAAUCUGGAAAAGAAAAUUCUCCUCCCUCUAAAGAAAAUCUUGGUUCUCAUUAAAAUCUAUAGCAUCAAAGAGGUCACAAAACUGAGUACAGAAGAGCUGAUAACGAUCUAUAACCAGGUUAAAUGACAGCAGCAGCUGUUUAAACACCAAAUAUCCCUAUGAUUCCUACAACUACUAUUGCAUCUAAUGGUAAUUAAGUUCAAUAAGGUAGCAAUUAAGUAGGUACACCUAUUAAUGGUAUUGGCGGUAAUCAAGACUUUAACAUUCUUAGAAGUGAAGGUCGUAAACUUACCCCAAAUAUGUAAUAAAUUCCUCCAUAUAUUCCUAAGGAAGAAAAGGCCCUUCACGAAUAAUAACAAAAUGAUUAAAUCAAAACAACAUAUUCACACUCAUAAAACCAUGCAGAUGUUGUAGGAAAUAUUCCUUCGUCUUUAAGUUCUCAACAAUAAUAAGUGGAAGAAUCAAAAAACACUCAACCAUUAGAAAAAAUAAAUGAUUCCCUAUAGAACAACAACAAUAACUAGACAAUUGGCUAAUAAACCAAUAACACAACUGUUUCAAACAACAAUGGAAAUGAAUUAUAAAAUAAUGAUAAAAUAAUUUUAGCUUAAAUCAAUUUGUGUCGUUUCUUAUUCCGUCUUUCUAAAUUAGCUGAAGAGAGCAAUAUAAUAGAAAGCCCUAUGCUUAAAGAAAAGCUAGUCUUCUUGAUAUUAAAAAACAUAAUGGUGAAAAUAACAAAACUAAAUAAUAUGAAUGAGUCCAAUUAGAAUAGCUUGAACUUGUCUGACUGGUCAAACUACACAAAAACUGAAAGUUUCAAAAGAUUCUAGAUUGUGAUAAGUGAAUAUUAUACUAAGUAUUAGACUCACUUCAAAUAACGCUGGGAAAGUGGUAUUUUUGCUCAACAAGCUACUAAGAGCGAGCUAUAAAAAGACAAAAAAUUUGAUGCUAUCUUUGAUGAUAACUUCAUGGAAUUCGAAAGUUUUUAUAUUAUUUUACAAUCAUUCUUACGUUUUACUAUUCGUGAAAUUAACCAUAUUGCUAAGGGUAGAGUGAAAAACGAGUAAGAUGUUUUACCUAACGAUUUAGAGUAGAGCAUUGUUUUGCUUGACUACUUAAUCACCUUCUAUUAAUUAACAAACCUUAUAUUAGACCACUUCACUAACUACCUCUAUUUUGCUGAUCACUCUAAAAUAGAGCAAAUUGCUGAAGGUCGCCCUGUUAGAUUAAACAAAACUCAUUAUGCAUAAAUUAGAAGCAAAAUAUACACUCUUGAAAUAUGA